UCUGGUAUAUGUACAUAAAAAUUUUGAUUUUUCACAUUUCUUCUUUAGAAAGAAGCUUAUGUGAUCGACGCCCUCAUCAUUGUUGAGUAAAAAACAUGUUAAGACGUAAAAAAAACAAAAACAAAUUGUUAGAAAGAAGACCUCAACAUGUCCUCAGCAAAAAACAGAAAUAUUAUCGGAAGAGAGAUGACGAAGGAUCCGACAAAGAUAACAAGGCAGAAGUCAAUGAACAAUCGAUUAACUUCCCCAUGGCUAUGUGGGACAUGGAGCAUUGCGAUCCCAAGAAAUGCUCUGGAAAAAAACUUGCAAGACACGGUUUGAUAAAGAUCCUACGAUUGAGUGCACGAUUUCCAGGCUUGUGUCUUACUCCAGUCGGUGAUAAGUUCGUUCUAUAAUUCUAUUCUUGCUUUUUUACGCAAUGUAUGAUCCCUUGAUGUUAACCUUGUUGUUUGGCCGUUGUAUCGUCUACAGGAACGGUAAUUGUAGUAU